UGCCUGAUCUACAACAUACAGGACUUCAAGGGAACAGACAAGCAGCUCCAGCAAAAUGGGAAGAAAAAGCAACGAGAACUGCGGCACCAACCCGCAUGUGUCAAGCAUCUCUCGGGAGAAUCUCUCUCCGUGGAACUUGGAUUCAGAAGAGACCUUUGAUGAAAAUGAAGACCUUUCACCUGGGAAGGAUGGUGCGGCAGGUAGUGGGAAGCCCUGGACGUGCAAAACUAACAAGAACCACCUAGGCACCCCGGCAGAACAGCUGGUGCUGCAGCUGACCGUGUCGGAGCAUGCUCACAGUAGAGUGCAGAACAGUAACCAAGGGGUGUUUCAGCUAUGGAAUUCUCCUGUCAAAAAAGGAAGUACCUUGGAUAGCAGGGAAUUUAAAAAAUCUUCAGCAGAAACUGGCUUCAGUGUCGCCAACAGUGCCAGGCUCUUCUCUCUAAACCACUCGUUAACAAGUGGUCCGUGUUUGACAGACAGCAAGCAAGCCAGUCCUCACCCUGGUCAGUUCCUGCCAGCAGGUCUCUGCUGGCCCUAUGCGGAUGGGGACUUCCUUAAGGACAGAAGUGAGUUCCCUCUUAGCUCCCACUCCACUAUGGAAAACAGCAAUAGCGACUCUGGAUCUGCUUUCAGUUGGAAUUUAAAAUACAGAAACCUCAGUGUGGAAGAAAAUGUCACAGAUGAAAGUGACCUCUCAGAAAAUGAGAAAAGGAAUGACUAUUUGCUCAGCUAUUUUAAAAAGAUGGACCUGAACUUAAAGCCAGAAACAAUAGAACACGUGGAGAGAUCCUUCACAGAGGAAGCCAGCGAAGCGGCUGUCUACGCGGACUUUCUCCCUGCUCCUUUCAACACUCUGGACUUGCACAGAUUUGCUAUCUCAAAAUGUGAGAGCUGGAAGGCCGCCGUCCACCCUCCAGAAAGCUCCAUUGAGCGGUUAAUACUUCGUUUAUUGGAACUGGAACGAUUACAACAUAUGACCAUACAAAGAGAGAAGCCAAGGCUACAGAGCACUUUCUCAAUAUUUUCCAUGGCAGAACGACCUUCUUCCUCUAAAACCAUUGCACUGAAAGCCAGGCCACCGAAGUUUCCUGACACAUCGAUUCUACAGACCUCUAGUGGAGACAGAAGCAGAGACAAGAGAAAAAACAAUUCCUGUUCCGGAAAGCCAGAACAAAAUGUUUCUAAAUGGAACUGGAACGGUGCCGGCAAAUGUAAGUCGAACUCUAGACCACUGCUAAAAUGUUCAUCCACUGCAAAACAGUGUGCUGCUGCUCUCGAUGACUUUAAGAAUCCCAAAAUCUCCAUUUUAAACCCUUGCCAGGAACUCCCACCCAAGCCUGCUACUGCCCAAGCAACUCAAUCACUGGCCAAAGUGAUCUCAACAAAAUGUCUCCCUCCGCGGUCCCCGGUGCCAGUUUCUCCCAUACCCCUGUCUUUUCCAGAAAAUCCAAAGGAGGAAUGUAAGGCGCCAAAAGCCAAAAGGAAACUUCACCGGAAAAGCAUACUACUGAAUAAAGCUUUCCACACUCAGAAGCAAAACUGCCUAUCGCCUUCCCUUAUAGCCAGAGGCAAGUGCUCACCCACUGACCAAAAAUAGCUUCCGUCCAUCUCAGUGUGAGUAAAUCUAUUCUGUGAAACCCAUCAAAAAUAUGGUUCAUCAUUGAGAAACAGGUACUAGAAAUAAAAACCACCCCACCUUGACAAAAUGACUUCUCGAUAUGCUAUGGGAUAGAACUUGUGACGUCACUGCCGUCUCUACAUGUGGUCAAGGGCUUCCUCACUGACAUACUGACGAUCCUUUGUAUGUUAUACGUCCAAGAAAUGUCUCACUUCGUAAAGCAAAUUAUUCAGAAGACUGGUUUUUUUGUGAUUGUUUUCCAAUAUGAUUCCAUCAUCAAUAAAUGGUACAGUUGACUUA